AUGCUGAAAACCCUAAUCUUCAAAGCCCCAAUCCUCCUCUCAUACAACUCUCGACGCUUCAACACCAUCGCCGAAAGGACCGUUUCGCUUCAAAUCUCUCCAUUUCCACGAAAAUCUCCCGAUUUCGGCUCCUUCCUCUCCAAUGCGCCUCAAAUCUACCUCCAAAAUCCGAUCAUUUGCGCAAGAAAGAGAAGAAAACGAAUCAAUUCCGAUAAAUCCACAAGAUUCUUGAUCAAUCUGAUUUCGGUCGUCGCGUCGAGCCUCAAGAUCUUGCCGCAGCCUUUGGAUUUGGUCCUCGAAGAAAUCGGCGGCGGAGAUGGAACCGCCGGCGGCUGCGGCGGUCUAGGGUUCUGGAAGGGCUUCGGAUGGGGAGGUUUCGACGGGUGGAGAAAAAGAAGACGGAAGAGGAACUUGUGGCUGUACGGAUUCAUUGCGAUUUGUGGUUUAGGUUUGCUGUUUGGGAGAGAAAUCGAGAGCAACGCGUUUUGGUGGGGCCUAGGGCUUGGUCCCUUCGGAGUCGCUUUGAUUCAGUGGUGGGAGAAGACCGGAGGAGUUCAGGCUUGGGUUCUUGGACUUUGCCUCUGGAGUUUUCUGGUCGGUCUCACUUUCAGGAGAGAGGAAUUGCAGAAAUGGCUUGCUAGGUUCAGGGUGACGAUUCCGCUGGUCGACACUUCAUUGUAUUCUUCUCUCAAUUUGAACUUGCAUUGA